AUGGCUGAUACUGCUACGUGUUCGGCUGAAAUUGACAAUGACUCCAAUACUGACUCCAAUUCUGUGGAUGUUCAGGCCGAUUAUCGUUCCCAGCCUAUAAUUAACGAGCUACUAUGCUACUUGUCGGAUAAGCUGGAUGUCUUACCAAUUGACACGCUGGUGAAGUUAUGUGACGAUGUGUAUAGUGAUACUGAAAUUCAAAAUGCAAAGGAUAUCUUGUAUAAGUGCUGCGGAAACCUUGUGACAAAUAAAAUUCGCAAGAGAUCAGGUCCGAACAGAAAGGUGAACUCUCUUCAGGAUAUAUGCAAAAUGCUUCACGAAUUGGAACCCAGUGAUAUUCCAUGCUUUGUGGCUCGGCAACUGAGCAAGUUACCUCCCGUGUCAACAAAUCAUAUUGAUGUUUCCUCUCUCUUACGUGAAUUGGCAGGAGUUAAGCUCCAGAUGAAUGACAUUGUUAGCAAAAUGGAUGAUCUAAACUCAACACAGAUCAAUGUUCAAAAAAAGUUGGACCGCUUGGACAGCAAAUGUGCUAGUCCACCUACAAAUAGAAAAACUCGAUUCCUAGAGAAAUCUAUUACCAGUGUCGGUGAGUGCGCCUCCUCUAAGGAUGAUACUGAAUUAUCUCAGUCUACUCGCAUCAACGAGUGCAAUGUUGUUGGUGACAGUCCGUUUGCUAAUAAAAGCAAAACAGUCCCUUUGUCAGAUAUAACUAACAACACUGCUCCAAAUGAGGCUUCCUGUGUAGACCAAUCAAUGGAUAAAUCUUACGCUGCUGUGCUAUCAACUGAAGGAUCACAUCCUAGCCGUACAACUCUGGAGUAUGCUGGAAACGAUUUCACAACAGUGAUUAGAAACAAACCCCGACCAAACAAAAAACAUGAAUUGCGAGGUUUGCGAACCUAUCCCCCUGUGGAAAUCUUUAUUACCAGAUUGGAGCCAACAACCACUUCUAAUGACGUAAUCCAAUAUGUUAAGGAUAACUCAGGUGUUAACGUUGAAUGUAAGAGGCUGGAUACUAAAUAUGACACAUAUGCAUCGUUUUGGAUACGAGUAACGGGUAAAGUUUCGAAUAUGUUAUUACGUUCUAGCUUUUGGCCCGAUGAAGUACUGGUUCGAAAAUUCUAUAACCGCCGCGACUCGGAUGCAACAUGGUCCAAGCGAAGAUUUAGGGAAGGUGACCAUUACACCACCAACGGUUCUACACAGCGAUAUGCACGUGACCAUGUGAUGUUACAGAAUGACUAUUAG